UGAACAAAAAGGAGAGGAUGCAGAUCCUAUUCAGUCUGAUAGCAGCUCUGAUUCUAGUCAGCACAACGUCAGGGGGACUUUUAAGAGCGAAAAGGCAGAAUGUCUUCGUGUUCACUGCUGAUGAUGCAAGUACAAGUCUAACCUCUCGUUGCCUCCAUGGCGGCAGCCCCUUGACCCAUGAGGGGGAGCAUUUGUGGUGCAUCUGUCCUGAUGGAUUCUCAGGCAUGUACUGUGAAAAAGUCUCCUCCCCCCCCCUCGCCCACGGCAACUGCUACACUGGCAUUGGGCUUUACUAUCGGGGCACGGAAUCGCGGUCCAGGAGCGGCCGGAAGUGCCUCAGGUGGAACAUGGACCCCAGUGAGGGUUUGGGACGACACAAGUACUGCAGGAAUCCUGACUACAGCCGUAAGCCUUGGUGUCACGUAAAAACAGUGUUCGGUGUCAUUAAAGAAUACUGCAACAUCCCAUCCUGUCUGACGGUGCCUGGACCAACAGUCCAACCUCAAACCAGCAGGCCAGACACUGCAGGACCAAGCCUUCCUCAGCCCAACCAACCAGGCACUGGGCCCACCUGUGGAGACAGACAGAACAAGCUGAUGAAGAUCGUGGGCGGAUCCGUAACACCUGUGGAAUCCCAGCCGUGGCAGGCGGCCAUCUACUGGAAAAGCUCCUCCCACCGCACGGCAUUCCUCUGCGGGGGCAGUCUGAUCGCCCCCUGCUGGGUGCUCACGGCAGCACACUGCUUCGCCGACGGGCAGAAGACAAAGGCGAAUGAAGUAUCUGUCAUCCUUGGGAAGAGUGCCAUCAACGAGACAGAUGUCAUGAGUGAACAAAAGUUCGACGUCACAGAAGUAAUUGUUCACGAGGACUUUGACAACAGUCAGGGAAGCUUCAACAAUGACAUAGCCCUCCUGAAGAUCAGGUCUGAAACAGGACAAUGUGCCAGAGAGACCAAGACAGUGAGGACGGUGUGUCUGCCUGUGGCCAAUCAGGCUCUGCCUUCCGGAGAUGCCUGUGAGAUCGCCGGGUACGGGAAAGAAAAACAGGGUUUAUGGUACUAUUCCCAGUACCUGAGAACGGGUAAGGUGGAGCUUAUAUCCCAGGAUGUGUGCUCUAGUAAAACCUACUACGGGAGCAUGAUCACAGACAACAUGUUCUGUGCUGGCAGUCCUAACUGGUCAACAGAUGCCUGUAAGGGAGACUCCGGGGGUCCGCUGGUCUGCAGUGUGAACGAUCGCAUGGUCCUCUUCGGUGUCAUCAGCUGGGGAGACGGCUGUGCCAAGGCGUUCCGGCCAGGGGUGUACACGAGAGUGAGCAACUACAACAGCUGGAUCGCCAAACACAUGGGCCAGCCAUCUCCCAAAGCAGACACGACGCUUUCACGGGAGUGAGGAGUGAGUCUCAUCUCACUUCCUAGCUGUGACGUGCAUACCGAAUGCGUAAAUCACAGUGUUCUCGAGGUGAUGGGAAUUACUAUAUGACACUGAGCAGCACAUCAGAAAACGUCAACAUCAAUUUUUUUUGAGCCAAGUGAUGUGUGUAAGACACUUCUUCUAAGAUGUCAUUUAGAAAUUAAAUAAAAGAUUUGGACUAACUGACCUAGCUCAGAACUGAUCCAUUCACAUUAGAUAGAAAGGCAAAUCUUUAUUAACAUUUUAAUUGUAGAUAUUUUUGGGGCAUGUCGGAACAUUCCAGUGGGAAAACUGUGCGAAUGACAGAUAUGCUACCAGUGCUCUUGGUGCUAUAAAAACUCUGGUUGAUUCAUUUCAUUUUCAUUAAUCUUGAAACAUGACCACUGCUAUUUCAUGAAUAGAUAACUAGUGUAAAUAUUGACUGUGUAGUCUGUAAAACUAAAACCUACAUGCCUAUAGAGUAUAUUUUAUAUUUGGUGUAUGUGUGUGUGUGUGUGUGUGUGUGUGUGUGUGUGUGUGUGUGUGUGUGUGUGUGUGUGUGUGUGUGUGUCAUUAUAUCCGUUAGAUGUACAGGUGCAGUCCUGCAGUGUCCAUGCUUUUCUUCUCAUCUUUCUAUUGUGCAUUUUAUGUGACACUUUUAUCAAAUAAAUUAUUUUGUGAAGA